AUGCCUCAAUUAAACCCUGCCCCUUGAUUCGCAAUUUUAGUAUUUUCAUGACUGGUAUUUCUUACCAUCAUCCCCACCAAAGUGAUAAGUCACACAUCACCUAACGAGCCAGCACAUAUUGACUCUGAAGAACACAAAACUGAACCCUGAGACUGACCAUGGCAAUAA